AUGCCACAGUCACCUCCAUCCCCUAAGCUACAGCCACAGCAAGUCGGCAAACUCCUUCCUCACCAGGAAGCGAUGGUAGAAGCGUGCAAGGCUGGCCAACUCGCCGACUUACAGAAAUUGUUCGACGAGCACGACGUCAAGAGUGGCGGCGACCCCGUACCGGACUUGAACCCUUCACAAAAGGGUGCGCCAGAGACAGCAAUACUGUUCGAAGCGGCCAUUUCCCACGGCCACCCCUCGAUCGUUCGAUAUCUGCACUCGAUAUAUCCCAAAUUCGAUUUCUACAAUGGCCGCCUCCUCCACGCGAUCAUCGGGCGACCAGAUCUCGACAUGGUCGAAUUACUCUACUCCUAUUGCCCCCGUCUCAUAUCCUAUGCGUUCGAUGAUCAUCACUCGAGUGUGUUGAACAUGGCCUGCCAAGGCGGACCGACCCACGCAGAGUUCAUCCACUUCCUCCUGGACAACGGAGCGAAUCCUAGCCGUGAGGACAGCUUCACACUGCGCUUGGGCGGGGAUCUCACGUCCGCGCUCGACGGCAACCAGCCAACGGAAAUCAUCAAGAAGAUGAUCCCCAAGACCCCUUACCUGUUCACUCCGAUUUACGGAGCACUCAAGCGAAAACGCGCCGACGCACUCGAUCUGCUUCUCGACGAGGAUUACACCAGAGGAGAUCACGCCUCCGAUCCAUCAUAUGGACAAUCGCUGCUCCGUGACGCGAAGGCCACAGGCGACGAGGAGGUAAUUGCCGUGGUCGAACGGUAUGUUCGCAACUCGGAGAAGCGAGCGAGGAAAUUGGCUACGAAGGACUCUCGAUCCAGAACCACCGAAACAAGAAAAUGGUGGCAGCACAGUUCGCCAGCGGACACCCAAGGAAAGGCCCAAGCUAAGGAUUCCGAUGCCUCACGCACUGCAGAUGGCUCUACAAAGCCCUGGUGGUCCCUGCUUAACAUUGGGAACAAGACCAUGCCUUCUGAUUCACACCAUAAGAAGCAGGAUCUCGACAAUUCAGCCUCGGACGAGGAGCCUUGA